GUGCUGGGCGGCGCCGGGGCGGCGGCGGAGCGGGAGCGCGGCGGGAGCGGAGGUUGUGGACGGUGCUAGAUAUGGAAAGACUGGUGGAACGGUUGGAGAAGGCUGUGGAGCGCCUGGAGACGGUGUGCCAAGGGCCUGGCAUGUGUGGAGAUGGCUCUUCCAAAGGAGUGGCUCAGUACGUGCAGGCGUUCGAUGUCCUCCUGGCUGGCCCAGUAGCUGAAUACAUCAGGAUCAGCAAAGAAGUUGGUGGGGAUGUGCAGAAGCAUGCUGAGAUGGUUCAUGCGGGUUUGAUGAGCGAGAGGGCUCUCCUGGUGAUGGCAUCUCAACAUCAGCAGCCAACAGAGAAUGCAUUCUCAUCGCUUCUGAAACCGAUUUCGGAGCAAAUCCAGGUGGUGCAGAACUUCAGGGAGAAGAACCGUGGUAGCAAACUCUUCAACCACUUAUCAGCCGUCAGCGAGAGCAUCCCUGCCCUGGGCUGGGUGGCCAUGGCUCCAAAGCCUGGUCCUUAUGUGAAGGAAAUGACCGAUGCUGCCAUGUUUUAUACCAACCGGAUCCUCAAGGAGUACAAGGAUGUAGAUAAAAAGCAAGUGGAUUGGGUGAAAGCUUAUCUGAGCAUCUGGACAGAGCUGCAGGCUUAUAUCAAAGAGUUUCACACCACGGGGCUGACCUGGAGCAAAACGGGUCCUGUAGCCACAGAAGGGACCAAGUCAUCGUCUGCUCCCCCCGCGGGGGCUGCGCCUCCCCCCCCGGGUCCUCCUCCACCUCCUGCUCCUGCCCCCAGCAGCUCCAGCGCUGACGACGCUGCCUCCCGCUCCGCGUUGUUCGCCCAGAUCAACCGGGGCGAAGGCAUCACCUCUGGCUUAAGGCAUGUUUCAGAUGACAUGAAAACCCACAAGAAUCCAGCCCUGAAGAACCAAGGGGGUCCUGUGAGAAGUGGACCCAAACCUUUCACUGCUCCCAAACCAGCCUGUAAUGCGAAUCCCGCCCCCAAAACCUCUCCAAAGGCACCUGCAUUGCUAGAAUUAGAGGGCAAAAAGUGGAGAGUGGAAAACCAGGAGAAUGCCACUAACCUGGUAAUCAGCGACACAGAGCUGAAGCAGGUAGCGUACGUUUUCAAGUGCACAAAUAGCACGCUCCAAAUCAAAGGCAAGAUCAACUCCAUCACCCUCGAUAACUGUAAGAAGCUAGGGCUGGUCUUUGAUGACGUGGUGGGCAUCGUAGAGAUCAUAAACAGUAGGGACAUCAAAGUUCAGGUAAUGGGUAAAGUGCCAACGAUUUCCAUCAACAAGACAGACGGCUGCCACGUGUAUCUGAGCAAGAGCUCCCUCGACUGCGAGAUCGUCAGUGCCAAGUCAUCCGAGAUGAACGUCCUUAUUCCCACCGAGGCUGGGGACUUUACUGAAUUCCCUGUCCCAGAACAGUUCAAGACAGUGUGGAACGGUCAGAAGUUGGUUACCACUGUGACGGAAAUUGCUGGCUAAGCACAAAAGCUCCAAGGCUCACGUCCUCCCCUGGCCCUGCUGUGGGACAAAUCUGCUUUCAGAUGAUUCUUUUAGGUUUCUUGUACCUUUCUGCUCUCAAACUGCUUCUCCUCUACCCGAGAGACACAGCUGCCUGCCGGCACUGGGGCUUGGUGUAGGUGCUGGGUCGGUUAUUGUCCACAUCUAUUAGCAGGAAGGUGAAUUCUCUUUCCUCCCUCCCCCCCCUUGUCUGGUCUCACUGCACCAAUUGAUGGAGUCAGGUUGAUGGUGAGGUUCACAGCCAGUCCUGGCAGUUGGCUUUUGGAGUUUUUUACAUUGCUUUUAAGGAAACUCUUCACGUGAGAGAGGAAUGUUGUGCCCUUUUGAACAAGUAACGGUGUCUGUCAGGGUCCCGAGGACCCACUUGCUAUGGUGGAUGUCUUGAGAAGGUCCUUGGAAGCUGCUAAUUCCAGCUCUAGGUACUAGUUGGUGGCAUUAUUGGGAAUGGGUUUGUGGGACCAAAGGCUGAGGAGCUGGGCUGCAGCAUUCCACCCCCAAUUCUCUUUCAUCAUUCCUAUUAGCUCAGUGCAUUUCCAGUUGUGCCAUGUCAGGAGGCUUUCUAUUAACCAGUGCCACAGGAUGAGUGCAGCGCAGGGGCUGCGCUUCCCUCCUGGCUGGUAUCUUGGAGCUGAGCACCUCAUAUUCCAUGAGCUCUUCGCUCUCCCAGGGGAAUCUUCACUCCAGGGCUUCCUUCUUGCAGCAGCUGAACUCAGGUUCAGUCUUCCAGGGCAGUUCUUUGAGCCUGUCCCUUUCCAGCCCAGGGUCAGGAGUGCAGGACUGUAAGUACGUGAGCUGAUCCCAUCGGUUCAUCACUCUCUUCCUCAUCUGCAGUCGGUCCCCAUACAGUGAAUCCUCUCACCCUCCCCCUGUUACUUGGCUCUUUCCUUUGGUGGAAGCUCAUAGCCCCUGUUCCAGGGCCCUGGAGCAGCGCUGGAGCCAAGGCACAGUACUGUACUGCCCACAAAGGGAGCUGCACGUGCUUUGACCUUCAUUUUUCCAACGCCUCGGGUGGCAUAAGCAUAUCUUAAAUGCAUUUCCUCUGUAAAGUGUCAAUGUUUUUUUUCUCUAGUACAAAACUUACAAAAAAAACCCCACAAAAAUAUGCAAUUUUUUUUUAUUUUGAGACUGUCCUGUGACUUGUACUCGUCUUCUCCUGAGGCUUGUGGAAAAAACCUUUCUUAUGUACUUAAGAUUAUACAGAAGAUAGAAUAAAGUUAAUGCCAACUUGCUCAUUA